AGCGCGCUGCACUCCGCCGUGCGUUUGUUUCAGCCACAAAGUGCCCAAAGCACCGAUCCGUUCCGAGCCAAAACAAGCCAAACCGGACCACGGCGUGCGUCCCCCUUUACGCACCCCCCGCCUCCAACCACCACCACCACCAUCACCACCCUCCCCGACCGCCUUUCUGUGGCAAUGGAGCCGUAACCAACCUCUUAACUGAGCCGAGCGUUUGAAAUAGCGACGGACACCGAGACAGCUGAGAACAAGCGGCUAUGGAGGAGAAGCGCAGGCAGGCUGGAGUCUAGACAAAUCAACACCUCCGGAUUACUUUUUUGGCAACAUUUUUGAACUCUAAUUCCGCUAUAAAAGCAGGGAUUUCCCGUUUUUCUUUUUCUCUCAUCUCUAUUAUAUCAUUGCACGGUGAGGAUGCAGGGGAAGGAGGCGAGCUUCUGCACGGGAUGCUGGAGACUAACGCUGCUGUCGUGCGUCCUGGCUCUGCACUUGAUUCCGCUGUCUGUCCACGGAAACACUGCCGAGACCAAUGCCACUGAGCAGGACAACGCGGCCAAUGUCACCGCCCUGCUCAACGAGGAGGAAGGGCCUGCCAAGGUCAAUGAGGUCGCUGUAACCGGGAGCUUGGCCAGUCCAGACGCUGUGACUCAGAGGGCGGGCCGGAUCCCCCGUGCCGGCGAGGAGGACGACCAGAGCAGCGGCAUGUUCGGCGAAACCAUGGUUCCUGCGUUGGAUGAAGUUGGCGUGGCCGCCCCGCCCCGCAUCAGCCCCGAUUCUGCCGAGACCGACGACCUGCUGCUUAGCAACCCACUCGGAAAGGACGUCGUGGAGAGCAAGGAGGAGGAGGAAGAGGAUGAGGAUCGUCUGCCAAACACCGACCCACCUUGGAUCCACGCCAAGGACACCGCGGUGUUUGACCUGGAUCGCCUAAUCACCACCACCACCGCCCAGCCCUCGGCCCCCUCUAACCCCGACGUCCUCCACGUGGACUUCUUCGACCCCUCCGUCCGUGGGCGUGGGCUCGACCUGGCCCCGCCCUCCCCUUCAUCACUGGCCCACGAGCUGCAGGGAGGCGACCCGACCUCCUGGGCGAUGCCGGACAACUACGACUACCUCACACCCUACGAGGAUGGCGUGUCCCCCACUGCCGACGAGUACACCUACAGCACCACCACCGACACCUACGAGACCGACGAUGACCUCCGGCUUGCUGCUGGAUCUCCCUCUCGCUCCAAGCCCCGGGCACCAGGGUCCUUCAUCCCCGGGGUUCCCCUUCCUGGUGCAGGCGCUCCGGUACCAAACGUCCCUGCGGCAGGUGCUCCAGCGUCCCUGGACGGGUCGGACGGGAUGGGUGGAUGCCGUGUUGGUUACCAGAUGACGAACGGAAGUUGCCGCUCUCCCUGCGACAUGCUGCCCAACUUCUGCUUCAACGGGGGACAGUGCUACCUGAUCGAGGGCAUGGGAGUCUUCUGCAGGUGUAACGUCCAGGAUUACAUCUGGCACAAGGGUGCUCGCUGCGAGUCGGUGGUGACGGAGUUCCAGGUGAUGUGUCUGGCGGUCGGCGCCUCGGCCGUGGUCCUUCUGCUGCUCUUCAUGAUCGUCGUCUGCUUCGCCAAGAAGCUCCACGUGCUCAAGACGGAGAACAAGAAGCUGCGCAAACGCAGCAGUAAGUACCGGCCUUCAUCGGAGCAGCACAAUGAUAAUUUCUCGCUGUCCACCAUCGCUGAGGGCUCCCACCCAAAUAAAACCAUGAGCAGAUACACCUGGGAGUGUAAGACCAAAGAGGAGUCCGACUGCGAGUUUCACGCUGACGGGAGGAAAGAGGGCCCCUAUCCCGUAACCAUGGAAGUGACGUAUCCGCACGUCCUGCCCGAAGUUACUAUCUAGGCCAGCAGCCAGCGGGAUGAUCCUCAUUCCCAGAACAAGCUGGAGGACCCGGUGAAGGCCCCGCCCAAGGAGGACGACUCCCUCAACAUCCACAACUCUCUGACCCCCAAACAUGAGAACCACAAGGUCCUGGGCGAGGAGAACUCCUCGGAGGUAAACUCACUGCAGAACAACAUGAUGUGAAAACAAAUCAAACACAAAAACCAACCCUGCAACCUGACAACACGGCACUGAAAACGACACGGUGCGCCGGCAACGGGAUUCCCCUAAAUCCCCGCUCUCCGUCCGUCCGCCCGCUGCCGAGCGCGCCCGACCGGUCAACCAAUCAACCAACUAGCCUGCCAACUACCAGCCAACUACCAGCCAACCAACCCAGUCUGCAACCGUCUACAACACGGCAACACUGCCACCAAGCGGCCUUGGCUGCUGCAAAAAAACGUACACCACCACCACCUCCACCACUGCCGCCACCGCCCCCGCUCAAAGUAGACCCUCUCUCGCCAACCUCACCCUGCCGCCGCCUUGCACCCCCCUCCUACAUUCACUCACGCCCCUGUUUCGCAGCCCCGCCCCCCCUUGUUGCUGUCACUCUACUCUCCCUUAUCUCUUUUACCUGCGCACACACACACAAACACACACACACAAGAACACACAUACAGUGAAAAGAUGAAGACAUAAACAUGCUUAUAUGUACACACACACACACACACACACACACACACACACACACACACACACACACACACACACACUUUCCCCUGCCUGCAUUGGUGUAUUUUGUAAAAAGAAAGAAAUCAUACAGAAGUUUAAAACGUACGUAAAACGUCAUUGUAAAAAAAAAAGGUUAAAGCUACUGAAAGGUUUUGAUGUUUGUCUGACUAAUCCAGUGAGUAUGUAUAAAUAUUGGAGAUAAAAAAAAUUGCUUGGAUUGAUUUUAAAAAGAAGCAACACACUGUGUCUUGGUUUUCAUUGAUGUGAUUUCUAAUCCUUUGAUGUACUUUGUUUUUUUGUUUUUUUUUGUACUUUUUUGGGACUUCGAACAGAGAAUAAACAAACGAGAUUCAGACAGUCGUUGAAAUAAACCUUUUUAACAUGA